GGAGCUGGAUCCUUCCGGGCUCAUUGGAAACAAUGGAGCUGGAUCACAGACCGGAUGUGGACUGAAGAUGCGACACUCGGCAGUUUGCCACCAUGUCGUCCAAGAAGCAGCCGGGCGGCGACGACCGCUUCCUCCGGGUGCAGAAGGACCCCCGGUUCUGGGAGAUGCCCGAGCGGGACCACAAAAUCAAGAUCGACAAGCGCUUCCAGUCCAUGUUCCACGACAAGCGCUUCAAGCAGAAGUACACGGUGGACAAGCGAGGCCGCCCCAUCAACCAGACCUCCGCCGAGGACCUGAAGCGCUUCUACAAGCUCUCUGACUCGGAGGACGAGGACGACGAGGACGGCGGGAAGGGCAAGAAGGCGGCAGACGGCAAGGAAAAGAAAAAAGGGAAGGAGAAGGUCGGGAAGGAGAAGGUCGGGAAGGAGGAGGUCGUGAAGGAGAAGGUCGUGAAGGAGAAGGUCGUGAAGGAGGAGGUCGUGAAGGAGGAGGUCGUGAAGAAGAUGCUGCUGCUGACGGCUGACGGAGAGGCGAAGAGAAGAGCCGCUGAAGGACAGCUGCCCAAACGAGGAAUCCAAUUUGUCGAGGAGGAAGAUGGAGAUGAUGAGGAGGAGGAGGAGGAGGAGGAGGAGCUGCAAACUGCAGAGGAAGAUUAUGUUGACCUGAAAGACGGAGUCACGGGGGACAGUGAAGAUGAAGAAGACGACAAUGAUGAUGAUGCAGAAGAUGAGAGCGGCUCAGGUGACGAGGAGGAGGAGGAGGAGGAGGAGUCCGGUCUGGAUUCAGACAGCGACAGCGAGCCGGAUCUGGCCCGCGGAAAAGGAAACGUCGAGACCAGCUCGGACGAAGACGAGGUGGACGUGGACGCCGUCCUCAAGAAGGAGGAAGAGGAGAUCGAGCACGACUGGGGAGAGAUGGCCAAAGACGCCCGGCGAAGCGACGAGGUUUCCACCCGGCUGGCCGUCUGCAACAUGGACUGGGACCGGAUCAAAGCCAAAGACCUGCUGGCGCUGAUCAACUCCUUCGUCCCCAAAGAGGGAGCCGUGCUCUCCGUGAAGGUCUACCCGUCGGAGUUUGGGAAGGAGAGGCUGAAGGCGGAGGAGACGAAGGGGCCGCUGGAGCUGAGAGCUCUGCCCGACGACUCGGAGGAGGACACCGAGGAGGAGAGAGGCUACCGGGAGAGGAUGCGUGACUACCAGUUCAAGCGGCUGAAGUACUUCUACGCCGUGGUGGAGUGCGACUCGCCCGACACGGCGGACAAAGUCUACCAGGAGUGCGACGGCUACGAGUACGAGAGCAGCUGCUCCGUCCUGGACCUCCGGUUUAUUCCCGAUGAAGUGACGUUCGACGGGGAGGAGCCCAGAGACGUGGCGACGGACGUGAACCUGUCGGCCUACACGCCCAAACUGUUCACCACCACGGCCAACGCGACCUCCAAGGUGCAGCUGACGUGGGACGAGACGGACAACGACCGCGUCAGCACGCUGAACAGGAAGUUCAACAAAGACGAGCUGCUGGCGAUGGACUUCAACGCCUACCUGGCCUCCUCCAGCGAAGAAGAGGAGGAGGGCGAAGAGGCAGGGUUUGUGUUCGGAGAGCAGGAGAGAGAGGACGACGCAGAGGAAGUCGCAGCUCAACGGGCGGAGGAGCCCGUCGUGGAGAACAAAUCGCAGAAGAAAAAGGAGGAGAAGAAGAAGAAAAGCGAGGAGCAGAUCUCCAAGUACCGAGAGCUGCUGAAGGGCAUCCGGGUGAAGGAGAAGAAGCUGCAGGAGGACGACGACGUGGACAUGGAGAUCACCUGGGCGCCAGGCCUGAAGGAGGCGACGGAGCAGCUGGUGAAGAAGAAGCUGGAGGGCGCCGACCAGCCGACGCCGUGGGAGGAGUUCCUGCAGAAGAAGAAGGACAGGAAGAAGCAGAAGAAGCCUCGCAGGAAGGAGGAAGAGGAAGAGGAGGAGCUCAGUGACGAAGACCUUCCUCCAGACGUCGACCUCAGCGACCCCUACUUCGCCGAGGAGCUCGCCGCUACAGACACGAAGAAGAAACCAAAGUGGAAGAAGAAGAAGAAGCCGGAGGAAGAGGAGCGGACGGCUGAGGAGGAAGAGGAGCUGGAGAAACAGAAGGCCCAGAUGGCUCUGCUGAUGGACGACGGCGACGAAGCGGAACACAAACACUUCAACUACGACAAGAUCGUGGAGGAGCAGAACCUGAGCAAGAAGAAGAGGAAGAAGCUUCUGAGGAAGAGCGACGCGCCGCCGGAGGGCGACGACUUCCAGGUGGACGUGAAGGACCCGCGCUUCCAGGCCAUGUUCACCUCCCACCUGUUCAACCUGGACCCGUCCAACCCCAGCUACAAGAAGACCAAAGCCACGCAGAGCUUCCAGGCGGAGAAGCAGCGCAGGCGAGGGGAGAGGAAGGAGGCGGAGCCGGAGGACGCCACCGCCGCCGGAAAACGGGAAAGCGACUCCGGCGCUCCGACGGACUCCGGCGCCGCGAGGAAGUCGAUGGACGCCGGAUUGUCUCUGCUCGUCAAGUCCAUCAAGAGCAAGACGGAGCAGUUUCAGGCGCGGAAGAAACAGAAGUUUGUGUAGGUUUGUUUGGAAAGGACGAGACUCCGCCUCCUCCUGAAAGAGACUCCGCCUCCUCCUGAAAUCCACACGUCUGGUUUCUCCCGAUGACGUAAGAACUGAAUCCUGCUGCGUCAGAUCAUGUUGAAAUGUUUUAUUUUCACUUGAAAAUUGUUCAGUGCAUUUUUUACAUUCUACGGUUAUUUAAAAGUAACAAGAGUAUUACAACAGAGUCACUAAUUUAAGCUGAUAAAGUUCAUAUUUCUGCUGUUA